GAAGUCCAUAAAACCUCCCCUCUUGAAGGAGGAAAUCACCAUAUACUCUGGUAGUCUUCUUGACUCAACAAUAAUGGCGACUGAAUGUGAACCAACCAAGCAACGUCGAUACGACCUGAGCAUGUCCCGAAGAACAAGAAAGCCGCCCACAACGACAAGCACCACCAAAAGCUCUCAGGAUGAAGAUGAGGACCUGCAGAAGAAGAGCAACAAUGGCUUCCAUCAUGUUUCCUUGAAGGAGUUAAUGAAAGAGAGCAAUGGAGAGAAGGCUGAGAGUAGAACUGGUCAGGGUAAUGGUGAUGGUAUGAAGCUCAUGGAAACAGCGGCAGAGAAGAACCUCCCUAUUGUCAGAAAGCAAGGUGAGGGUAUCGAAGGAGUGAAGAUGGCUGGAUUGGUGAGUCGAUAUGCGAAGGUGUUGAACCACUUGAUCAAGGUGAAGCGUAGCUCAAAGAAGAAAAAUGUGGUCCAGUUCUUGAUGUAGUACAUCUCCAAUGCCUGGUGCCUUUUAUGAUUUAUAUCCUGCUAUAUCCAUGAUCACGAUUAUAUGGGUGAUGAAUGCUUGGUAUUUCAAAAGAGUUAUAGAUAGCUCUUUUUUUAAGUAUUAGUCUUGUUGCUUU